UUUAGUUUCAGGAGUGCCUGUUGAACUCAAGAGCCAACAUGAACGUGGGGACAGCGCACAGCGAGGUGAAUCCCAACACCCGGGUCAUGAACAGCCGGGGCAUCUGGUUGUCCUACAUCCUUGGAAUUGGGCUGCUGCACGUCGUGCUCCUGAGCAUCCCCUUCUUCAGUGUCCCCGUGGUUUGGACUCUUACCAACAUCAUUCACAACAUGAGCAUGUACAUCUUUCUCCAUACCGUGAAAGGAACUCCUUUUGAGACUCCGGACCAGGGCAAGGCUCGGCUGCUCACGCACUGGGAGCAGAUGGACUAUGGAGUGCAGUUCACAGCGUCACGCAAGUUCCUCACCAUCAUGCCCAUCGUCCUGUAUUUUCUAACCAGCUUUUACACAAAGUACGACCGGAUCCACUUCGUCAUCAACACCAUCUCCCUCAUGAGCGUCCUGAUCCCCAAGCUGCCGCAGUUCCACGGAGUCCGGAUCUUUGGGAUCAACAAGUACUGAGUUGUGUGGCUGGAGCGAACGCAAGAGGAGCAGGGGGAGAGGGGGAUUUUCCUUCUCUCUAGUUCCGUUUCUUCUUCCCCACGCAGACUGGGAUGCAAUUUCACAGCAGCUGUUUAACUGCAAUAUCCGAUAGACAUACACCGCAUGCUGGAUCCUCACGCCCAAUAAACCUAAACCAGCUCCAGAGUAGAGUUUAGUGGAAGCAGGAUGCAUGGCACUGGAUUUCUUACAUUCCAGUGUCAUAACUAGAUGCAGGCUUCAAGGUACAACGAGGAUAAAUUCUAGUGGGAUUUUAAUCUAUCCCAGACGUUGAAGGAAGAGGGAUGAGGGGAAAAGCUUUUAGUGCUGGUACUAUUGCUGUGGUAAAUGCACUUUAAUAUAUUUCCCUUUCUGAA